AUGGCAGACGAGAAGCCGAAGGAAGGAGUGAAGACUGAGAACGAGCAUAUCAACUUGAAGGUGGCAGGCCAGGAUGGUUCAGUGGUGCAGUUCAAGAUCAAGAGGCAGACUCAACUCAGCAAACUGAUGAAGGCGUAUUGUGAGAGACAGGGACUAUCAAUGCGGCAGAUACGGUUUCGGUUUGAUGGCCAGCCGAUUAAUGAAACGGACACGCCUAUGCAGCUGGAAAUGGAGGAUGAAGACACAAUUGACGUGUUUCAGCAGCAAACUGGAGGACGUUCUGCUUAA